AUGACUCCGCCCACAACGAAGGUCCCAAAUUAUGACGAGGAUAUCGACUUCCGGGCUCUGGCGAUGACCGAUCCUGAUUUCGCUAAAUUUUACGAUGCUGCAAACAGCCAUGUCGAUUUUCAAGAUCCUAAGGCACUACAACAACUUACGAAGAGUAUAUUGAGAAGAGACUUCAACCUCGAGCUUGAGCUGCCUGACGACAGAUUGUGUCCUCCGGUGCCUGUCAGGUACAAUUAUGUUCGAUGGCUUCAAGACCUGAUGGACACAACCAGCGAUGUUGACACCGAGGACCACUCCAAGCGAAAAAUCACUGGGUUAGAUAUUGGAAUUGGUGCAUCAUGCAUUUACAGCCUACUAGCUUGUUCCUCACGGCCAUCUUGGAACAUGCUCGGUACUGACAUCGAUCCUCAAAACUUCUCAUAUGCCAAUGAAAACAUCGAGAGGAACAGAUUAAGCGAGAGGAUCCGGAUCAAACUGAACACCGCAGAAGACACUUUGAUCUCACCUCGCGCAUUCGGACAUGAUAAGCUCGAUUUCACUAUGUGUAAUCCACCCUUCUACUCAAGCGCUGAAGACUUGGCAGUCUCAAGCGCUGGAAAGUCUGGCCCACCCAGUGCCGUCUGCACUGGUGCGGAAGUUGAGAUGAUUUGUCCAGGCGGCGAUGCUGGAUUCGUGCUGCGCAUGGUUGAAGAGAGCAGAGAGUUGAAGGACACUGUAAGGUGGUAUACGAGCAUGCUUGGAAAGCUUUCUAGUGUGCAUCAAGUCAUCGAUCGGUUGAAGGAAAUUGGCAUCCACAACUGGGCCGUUACGCUGCUUCGAGCAGGAAACAAGACCCGAAGAUGGGCUGUAGGUUGGAGUUAUGGAGACAGAAGGCCAAGCAAUUGGGUCGCUAGGGGCAGUGAUAUUGGCGCUCAUAUUCUGGCCUAUCCAACAGCUCAGACUAUCCACACGAUCGGAUUUACCAGGCAGGAAGCGGCUGAUUUGCUCAAUAAUACCCUGGAAGCGCUCGGCUUGAAAUGGGAAUGGCGAGCUGAAAAGUGGGUUGGUCAUGGGACGGCUACUCAGAAUGUAUGGUCACGUUCGGCAAGACGUAAGCGUAAGAGAGUGGAGAUGGAACAGGAGGAUGAUCGAGAAGCACAAGUUCAAUCUGAAGCACUCAAGACUGGAGAUCCUGCUGAGGUCUCGUUGAGGUUCAGCAUCGAUGUUGGAGAGGGCGACAUGGAAGUUUACUGGCUUCAAGGGAAGGAUAAUAUCCUCUUUGAGAGCUUCUGCGGUAUGCUUAAAAGGUCCAUGAAACCAAAAUCUUGA